AUGGGUGACCACGCUACUACCAACGCUCCCACCAACGCCUCUGAAUUCGAGAAGGGCAAGGGCAAAGCCACUGACCCCACCAAUGAGAUGAGCAUGGACGAGGAGAGCUCUGACGAGAGUGAGCCUGAAGUUGAACAGCAAGAUGAGGACGAAGACAUGGACAAUAACCUCGAGCCCAUCGACCAGAGCAACAUCAUUCAGGGUGGUCGUCGCACACGCGGAAAGGUGAUCAACUACGCCGAUCUCGCCGAGCAGAACAAGGCCGAGAUGGAUGACGACGAGGAGGAUGACGAGGAGUAUGAGGGUGCUGCUGAUGAUGACAAUGACCAUGAGAUGCGCGGUUAA